GAUGAAGCUGAGGGCACGAUCGCGUUGAUAUCGGAUUGGCUCCAGCUGGAUGCCAGAGACGAUUGGGUCCGCCAUGACUCUGAAAUCGCCCUCCGCCAGGAACUCGCCUACGCAUCCUACCUCAACAUCCACACCGCCAUCCUGCCCCCUCCCCGCCAUCGCGCGCACGUCACCUCCUACGCUCGCGCCAUCAACGCGUGUCUGAAGAGCGUCCCGUACAUGCAGCUCUCCAUCCGGCUCCCGAUCUACGAUCCUUCCAAGGCACCGGAGGAUGAGUUGAAUGCGACGUGGGAGAUGUGGGAUAUUGUGCGCAGUGUGUGUGAUUACAAUCCGAGGCUGACGCUCACACUUGACUUGACUCCGCCGUUGCCGACGACUUUGGGGGUCCUUAGCAAAUGGACGGCGGAGCCUGUGCAGCACAUCUUCCUACCUGCAUCCACUUUCAUCGCGAACACAAAAGGCUACCCCGUUCUGCCAAAAGGAACUCAGUCGUUUGUGCGCCAGAGUAUGGCGCACCGGCCUAUCAUCAUCAUGUCCGACGUAAGGUCUGGCACUCAUAGCAAAGGAGGCGAAUCGGCGUAUUCUCAGUAUAUACGACAUUUGGAAAAGUCAAGCCCGGUUGUACAAGCCGCUCUCAAAGCUGGUACGGUGGAAAAUUUUGCUCAAGGGUACCAAGAUUACCUCCAGGCUCCGUUACAGCCACUGAUGGAUAAUCUACAAAGUAUCACAUAUCAGACGUUUGAACGCGACCCUGUGAAAUACAGAAACUACGAAGAGGCGAUAUAUAAUGCUCUGGUUGAAUGGCCAGCGUCUGAUCGAAUUGUGAUAUGUGUUGCCGGUGCAGGACGCGGGCCUCUCGUUGCGCGUAGCCUGCUCGCUAUCCAACGAUCGCGACGACCAGCCUUCGUCUACGCCGUAGAAAAGAACCCAAAUGCAUUCGUCACCCUCCAAAACCGUCAAGAAAUGGAGUGGGGGUCGGGGGUGCAGCUGAUUUAUGGCGAUAUGCGCAGUAUUGAGAUACCGGAACAGGCGGAUAUACUCGUGAGUGAGCUGUUGGGGUCGUUUGGGGAUAAUGAGUUGAGCCCUGAGUGUCUUGAUGGGGCGAUGCGCUUUUUGAAAGCGGACGGCAUAUCGAUUCCUUGUUCUUACACGGCACAUCUCGCGCCUCUCCAGUCGUCUAAACUGUUCAAUGAAACGAGGAUGAAUAAAGAUCCAUCGAAAUCUGCGGAAACUCCAUAUGUUGUGAUGUUUCAAAAUGUCGAUAUUCUGAGCGCCGACGGUGGUGGUCUCGGUGGUCGGUGUGGACCUCAGACACAGGAAUGUUGGGAGUUUGAGCAUCCUAGGAAAGAUGGUGUUGUGGAUGACCGAGGCUUGCCUAUUACGAAUAGCCAUAACACACGGUCUGCAAAGUUGACUUUCCACAUACCGCACGCCGGUGUACUUCAUGGCCUUGCAGGUUACUUUGAGGCUGUGUUGUAUAAGGGUGUCGGCCUUAGCAUACACCCGCAACACAAAGAUCGCGUCUCAAAAGACAUGUUAAGCUGGUUUCCGCUGUUCUUUCCCUUCAAGGAUCCUCUUUAUCUCCCAAGUAAUUCAGAAUUGCAGGUAUCAAUAUGGCGCUUGACGAACGAACGGCAAGUUUGGUAUGAAUGGUACGCGGAGUCUUUCCUCCCUGUGUUCAGUGCCCCUCUCCCAGGGGGGGAAGACCAUAAAACGCCAACGAGCUCCCACGAUCCUUUUUUUGCAUCUACGACGACGCAUGUCGCUGUGCCUAGUCCGUUGAUAGAUGCCGUCGAUUCGUCUUUCUCGCCUGUCUCAGGGGGGGAGGAAGGGAGGAAGGAGGACGAGGGUGUUCGUGAGAAGGCUUGUGCGGGGGCUGUGAAGAUUGGGCAGACUUUGUUGCAUAACCCUGGGGGACGGAGUAGUUGGAUUGGGUUGUAGGGUGGAGUACUGCAGCUCACGAAGCGACUUGGGUGGUAUGUAGAGUGACGUGAUGACGUCUCCUACUCCUGUUAUCGUGAGUUGCUGCAGGAUGUGAUGUUGCCCUCUACGGUCGCUUGCUCCUCAAGCUUCAAGUUGUAAAUAUAUUUUUGUUAUGGAUGGGAUUAUGACCUUGAUGUCCC